AUUAUCAACGAAAAUAAUUGAGUAUUUGAAGAAUAUUUCUGGUUUUUGCUGGAUUAUUUGAACAUUUUGGUGAAGCCCGAUAAAAAACGGUAUUGUUUACAUGGAAAACAGGUGAAAAAUUUGGUCUGUAACUUCGUUAUUCCUCGAGGAGAGUUUGUGUAGUUUCCCGAGCGUGCGCUAGAGGCAGGACGGUCGUUUGUAACGGUCGCCGCAGCGUUUCUGUUGAAUUUUUGCCGCGCAUUCUACGACCGCUCGCUGUUACGUAGAGGUCUUUGAAAGAUCGGCCGGUGGAAACCCGCUUUUCGCGAAGUUUUCCGCAGAUUUUCCGUUGAAAAGAAAAACUCUUGAAGGAAACUUGACGUUAGUGCACGCGCAAACUUGAUUCUCAGCGCGUGUUUUGUUAGUGUCAUCAUCACCAAAUGAUUUGAAUUGGAUUAUUUUUGUUUUUCUUGGAUUGAGUGUGUUUAUAUUGUGUGUUUACCAGGAUUGUGUGAGACCAUGACAUAAAGGAUUAACCUGAUGAGGAUUUUUAAGUGAAUUUAGUGAGUUUUGUUUGGAUUUGAACGACGAAAAAAUACUUCGAGUGAAAAAAAACUGGUUUCAGCGGAAGGAGUAUGGAGCGAAGAAUGGAUUUUGAACUGCGGUGGUUUCUGGUCUCCAUAUUUUUAUCAGGAAUAUGUUUGGUGGGAUCUGAGGAUAUUGUCAAGGACGCAAGGGAGGGGGAGGAUGUCACCUUGGAGUGCAGGUUUUCGCCACAGAGUUCGUCGGAUAUCCUGUCAUAUUACUGGAUAAGGCAGACGAAAUAUAGCCACGACAACGUUGCUAUUAAGGACACGCCAUUUGCUCCAAAUUACAGGCCAAACUACCACGUAGACGAAGGCAUCUACGACUUGCUCAUCAACAACGCCUCCUAUGACAGAGAUAACGGCAGGUUCGAGUGCAAAGUUAAAGCCGCAGGCUCGGGACAGGACUUGCACGUGCAAAAAUACACCUUGACCGUCCUGGCACCUCCUCAGCCUCCUCAAAUAGCUCCUGGGUCCAUAGUGACAGUGACAGAAGGAAAAAGACAAGAGUUGACGUGCAGUAGUGUUGGGGGUUCCCCGGAUCCUCAAGUUAGAUGGUACAAGCAAGGAUCAGUAUAUCCACUGGAAGCUGCCCUUAAAAAUGGUGGAUCGAGGGACCAACCGACCACAGCUACCCUGACUAUUACUCCGACCAAAGAAGAUGACGAAGCUAUCUUCAGAUGCGAAGUCUGGAACAGAGCUUUACCCAAAGAUAAACCCUUAACCUCCACAGUCACCUUAAGCGUCCAAUACUUUCCCAGAGUGGAUGUCGGCCCGGAAAAUCCGCUCAGAGUGGAAAGAGACUCGCAGGCGACUCUGCAGUGUUCGGUCGAUGCCAAACCCAAAGUGACAGGUGUCAGAUGGAUGAGAAAUGGAAGGUUCAUCAGUGCGAACUAUAAUAAUAUUAUACAUCGAGUUUCUAUACAAGAUGCAGGAAAAUAUACAUGUAGUGCUGACAAUGGCUUAGGAAAAGUCGGUGAAAAAGAGAUAACUUUGGAUGUUCUCUACGCUCCAAUUGUCAGUUUAGAAGCCAAAACGAAAGACAUCGAAGAAGGCGAAUCGGUUUACAUUAAAUGUAAUGUGACAGCCAAUCCUAGCCCAGUUACUAUUGAAUGGCUUAAAGAAGAGAGGCCCGACUUCAGACAAACCGGCGAUGCUUUGCGACUAUCCCACGUGACCGCUGAACACGUUGGAACCUACGUAUGCCGUGCAGUUAAUAUCCUAACCCCUUCAGGCCAAGGUGCUCGCAGAUUUGAGCGAGUAGGAAAUGCAACUGUCAAACUCUUGGUACGCCAUCGACCUGGACGAGCAAGAGUAUCACCCAGUAAACCUGUAGUCUCUGAAGGAGGUGCUGUUACACUCACUUGCACAGCCUCACCAUCUGGUUGGCCUGCACCUCAAUAUCGCUGGUUGAGAGUGGGAGUUGACGGCCAAACAACCAUUCUAGCGACAGGAACGAAGUACACUAUCGCCAACGCAAAUCUGGGGGCUGAGGGAACUUACAACUGUCAAGCUACCAACGAACUAGGUCCUGGUGAAAUGGCUUCGGUGGAUUUGGAAGUUCACCAACCUCCAACGUUUAAACACAAACUAAAACCAACUGAGACCAGGAAAGUGGGGGAUGCAGCAUAUUCAAUUUCGUGUAGCGCCAAAGGGAAACCUCGUCCUAUCGUGAAAUGGUUGAAAGAUCACGAUGAACUGACAGCUGAUGCGAAUAUGUUCGAGGUGAAAACGGAAUAUUCCGAAUCUAAUAAUGGAGCGGUGAAUGUACAGAGUGUUUUGAGAUUUAACGGUAAAGCUAGGCCGAAUGGGAAUGAACUUCUGCCUUCGGAUAGAGGGGUUUAUGCUUGUAACUUUCAAAAUGAAGUGAGGCGAACUGAAUCUACAAUGCAUCUGAAAAUUGAACAUGAACCAAUUGUUUUGCACCAAUAUAACAAAGUCGCCUAUGACGUUUCCGAAACUGCCAAAGUAGUCUGUCGCGUUCAAGCCUAUCCCAGACCCGAAUUCAAGUGGUUCUUUGGUAACAAUCUCAGUCCACUUCAUUCUUCCUCAGAAGGACACUACAUUAUAGAAACAUCCCCCGAAGAAGGAGACAUAUACAGCAGCGUCCUGAGGGUAUCCAAUAUAAAGAAGCACGAUUAUGGAGAGUAUAACUGCCAGGUUAUCAACAAUUUGGGUAAAAUUGAGACAAAAAUAAGACUACAGCCUAAGGGACCACCAGAAAAACCUCAUAAACUAUCUGCUUUAUUUACUGGUCCAACGUUUGUGACACUGGGCUGGGAACCUGGUUUUAAUGGAGGAAUUGAUAACACCAAAUAUUUUGUUUCGUACAAGAGGAUAGCUGGGGAAAAUAAUGGGCUUGUAGAAGGGUGUGGUCCAAUUUCGAAAAACAUGGAUUGGGCUGAAGUGGAUUGUCAACAGAACGUACCAUGCAAUGUGACUCAUUUGGAGCAACAUCAGUCAUAUGUAUUUAAGGUUAAGGCAUUGAACACUAAAGGAGUUGGUGAAGACUCUCAGGAAAUUAGAGCUACAACCAGAGUAGACCGAAUACCUAUACCUCAAAGAGUUGCUUAUGAUAAAUCGUCAAAUAUGCUGUCUAUAAAUAUUCCUGCUACAUGUUUACCCCUGGUUGCUGUGAUAGAAUCUGUCAGUAAUGAUAAUCAUCCAGUUACUGCCUGGCAAGUGAUUGACACUUUACCUUUACAAGUUUCUGGAAUGACACCAACUUACCAAGAACGAAGUUUAGACAAAAUGAUGACCAGAAGCUUUGGAAAUGCCUUGGGUCGAUCCUUAGUCGACGAACCUAUAGGAAUGGAUGAAUAUAGCCCGAGAAUUCGUGUCAAAUUAUGCCUAAGCACUCACAGAGACCACUGUGGUGAAUUUGUCGAAGCUGAAUUGGGAUACGCAAAUUCUUUGAGAGAAGCUUCAUCGUUGACAACACCAACACUGAUCGUCAUUAUCGUUACAUGCGCUCUAUUUCUGCUCAGCGCUGGACUACUUUUGGUAUUCUGCAGGUGUAGAAGAGCUCAGCAUGGAAAGAAAGCUCAGCAAGCCAAAGACCUGGAAAUGGACUCAGUGAGACCCACCAUUAUACCAGCCAACGGAAAUGGACAACAGUUGAAUUCACCUUUGUUCCAGAACCAGGCACCCCCACCAUACUAUGCGCCUGGACUCGAUAAUCAAGCCUUAGACCUUCAGCUGGCCUUGGAAGACCAAAAGGCUGUCUACGCCGCAACACAAAAUGGGUACGGACAUUAUGGAGAACCUAGAAAUGACUGGAACUACCUUGAUGCAGGUUAUACAACUGCUGUACCCGGAAACGGAAGUGUGGACUCACAGGACUCAUUGUGGCAACUGAAAAUGGCAGCUAAUGGAGGAUCUCAAGUGUACGACCAAUAUGGCGGACAUGACGAUUACGCACCGUUCCCCCAGACUCAGGAUCCUUACGCACAGGUACACAAGCCGAAAAAACGCCUAGAAUCCCCCGCAGUAUAUAGAGACACCCCGGGGCUCCCCGACCCAUUCAUGGAACAGAUGGACGACGACAAGCCACCCCCACCACCCCAGCACAUGUCACUGGCCUACGAGGAGUCGCUAGAAAGCGGCUACUCCACACCCAACUCGCGCACGCGCAGAGUGAUCCGGGAAAUAAUCGUUUAGAACGUUUAAAUUGUUUUUUGUCUAACUGUGUAGAACAUUCGACCAAUAAACAAGAAGCGACGGUGUUCGUACGUGUUCGUUUACCUUCGUAAGAAGCGCCAUAAGCGGUGAAUUUUCGAGUUAUUUUUGGAUGAAAAGACGAUUUAUAUUUGUGUGUACAUACGGUGUGUAACUUCGCUUUUGACGUAAGUUCCUAAAUAAUUCGAGUUUCAUCUCGUGAUGUAUACGUAAAAUUGCGUAGUCACACUCUAAUAAUUAUUGUUUUAGAUAAUUUUAUAUAAGUUUUUUAUAAAAAUUAUUUCCGACAAAUUUACAUAUUUUUGUGGAUUUGCUACAAAAAUAUACACUUUUUUAAAAGUUAAGAUCCACUGGAACAAAUUUCUUAAGAGUUUUUUCUCCAAUACUAAAAUAUCAUAUUAACUUUAUAUUUUUUUUAUACUUUAAUACAGUUUUAGAAUGUCAAGGAUGCAGUUCAAAAUGAAUAUUUAGUUAUCUGCAUUAAAUUAUCUUUUUUGACCGCCAUAUUAUUUUGAUUAUCUUGACGAUAGUGCCAUAAUAUAAUGCUUUAAAAGCUAAAGUUACUCAAAAUGGUAACAGUUAUAAUUAUUCAUCUACCUUACUAGUUUUUUAAAAACAAUUGUCAUGAUCAUGGCAUUUUCAAAAAAAUUAUAAAUCUACAGUCUAUAAAAUGAAUA